UCCGCCCCACCCCGCCCGCGGGGAAACGGUCGCGCGGCGAUGACGUCGCGGGGGCCUGGCCGGGCGUCGCGGACUGUGGAGAUGGAGGAAAAGGAGCAAUUACGGCGACAGAUACGCCUCCUGCAGGGUCUGAUUGAUGACUACAAAAACCUCCAUGGCAGUGCCCCUGUCCCAGGCACCUCAGCCGCUUCUCGAUGGCAGCCACCCGCUUACAACAGCAGCAGGGCCUUCAGUGCUCGCUACCCUUGUCCGAGCCGGAGGGGCUUCUCCCCAAACCACGGGCCUGCAUGGCGCAAGAAAUACUCCCUUGUGAAUCGGCCCCCAGGGUCCUUGGACCUGUCUGGCGACUGUGCCUCACGGCCGCCCCUCGGGGCCAGGAGCAGCCAGCGUUCCGACCCCCAGCAGUAUGUCCUGGAGAGGCAGGUCCAGCUCAGUCCAGAUCAGAACAUGGUCAUCAAAAUCAAACCACCUUCAAAGCCGAGCUCGGCUAGUGCGGCAGGGGUCCCGCGGGGCUCCUGGGAAGAACGUGAGGACUCCCCCAGGAGCCACCACAGGCCUCAGGAAGGUGAGGGCGAGCCCCCUGGCGGGCAGCAGCAACCCUUGAGGCCAGGAAGAGCCAAGGGGAGCUGCAGUGCAGAGGACUCCCUUCUGGUCUGCCAGAAGGAGCCUGGCAAGCCCCGGGUGGUGAAGUCUGUGAGCAAUGUGAGUGACAGCCCCUCGGAGCCCCAGCGGACGGUCAGUGAGAGCACAGUUUUGGUCAAGGCACACUCCAUGUCCUCCACCUUGCUCCAACGUGGAGGCAUGGCCCUGGGUCGGAAGGUGGGCUCUCAGUCUGUGGCAAGCUGUGUUGCACAGCUCCUUGGGGACGGAGGAGCAAAUGCCAACCACCCAGAUCAGCCAGCUCCCUCUGGCUUGGUGGCAGACCCAGCUAGACCAGCUUCUGGACCCAGGCAGACCCCAGAGGCCUCACUGCUUGUGUCCUGUCGAACCAAUAAGUUCCGGAAGAACAACUACAAAUGGGUGGCUGCCUCGGCGAAGAGUCCCCGUGCUACUCGGAGGGCCCUCAGUCCCAGAUCUGCCUCAGAGAAUGUGAGCAAGACCCCCCUUGGCACAGCAGAACGAGUGGACAAGCCGCAGCUCAGAGCCAACCUGGAUGCCAAGCCCAGGAGGUCGGCCAUGUCCUCCACACCUGGGGCCUCCCCCAGCAAGUACAAGUGGAAGGCCUCCAGCCCCUCUGCCGCCUCUUCCUCCUCCUUCCGUUGGCAGUCAGAGGCUGGCAGCAAGGACCAUGCCUCCCAGCUCUCUCCAGUCCCAUCUAGGUCCCCCCCAGGGGACAGACCAGCAGUGGGACCCAGCGACUUGAAGCCCCUCUUCAGUGAGACCCCGAUCUCGGCUUACAAAGUGAAGAGCCGUACCAAGAUCAUCCGGAGGCGGGGGAGUGCUAGCCUUCCCGGGGACAAGAAGAGCAGUCCCCCACCUGCUGCCACUGCCAAGAGCCAGUUCAGCAUGCGGCGGAGACAGGCCUUCCGGGGGAAGAGCAGCCCUGUUUUGAAGAAGACCCCCAACAAGGGCCUCAUGCAGGUCACCCGGCACCGGCUUUGCUCCACGCCUCUAAGCCGAGCCCACCUCUCCACCAAGGAAGCAUCCAGCGUGCACACCCUGCGGACCCCUCCCACCAGCAAAGUGAUCAAGACCCGCUACCGCAUCGUCAAGAAGACCUCCGUGUCUCCUCUCAACGCCCCCCAAGCCCCCCUGUCCCUGCCCUCUUGGCGGGCACGGCGGCUCUCCCUCUCCAGGUCCCUGGUGCUGAAUCGCCUGCGCCCCACCGCGGCGGGUGGGAAAGCCCAGCCCACCUCCCCUCGGUGGCGGAACAAAGGCUACCGCUGCAUUGGAGGGGUACUCUACAAGGUGUCAGCCAACAAACUGUCCAAGACCUACGGCCGGCCCAGCGGUGAUGGGGGCAGCAGGCCCCUCCUGCGCACAGGCCGGUUGGACCCUGCCAGCAGCUGCAGCCGCUCCCUGGCCAGCCGGGCCGUCCAGCGCAGCCUGGCCAUUGUCCGGCAGGCGAGGCAGAAGAAGCGUCGGAAGAAGGAGGAGUACUGCAUGUACUACAACCGCUUUGGCCGCUGCAAGCGCGGCGAGGGCUGCCCCUACAUCCACGACCCUGAGAAGGUGGCCGUGUGCACCAGGUUUGUUCGGGGCACAUGCAAGAAGACAGACGGGACCUGUCCCUUCUCCCACCACGUCUCCAAGGAGAAGAUGCCCGUGUGCUCCUACUUCCUGAAGGGGAUCUGCAGCAACAGCAACUGUCCCUACAGCCACGUCUACGUGUCCCGGAAGGCAGAGGUCUGCGCCGACUUCCUCAAAGGCUACUGCCCGCUGGGUGCAAAGUGCAAGAGGAAGCACACACUGCUGUGCCCAGACUUCUCCCGCAGGGGUGUCUGCCCCCGGGGGGCCCAGUGCCAGCUGCUCCACCGCGACCAGAAGCGCCUCAGCCGGCAGACUGCUACACCCAUGGCCCCAGAGCCCAGCAGCACAGCCCCCAGGAGCAGGGUGUCCAGCGGCCACGGGCCCAGGAAGUCCUCGGCCACCCAGCGCCCCACCAGACAGAUGCCCAGCUCCCCCACCUCCAUGGCUGCUGGCUCAGCCUCCCCUCCCUCCUCCCCCCGGGUGUUAGCUGCAGCCUCAGCCUCUCCCUUGUCAUCAAAGGCCCCCUCCUCCUCCCCCUCCUCCUCCUCUUCCUCCCCUUCUUCCCCCUCCUCCUCUCCCCCCUGCCUCUCGUCCCCCUCCCUGUCCUUGGACCAAGAGGAGCUGUCUCUCCAGGAAGAGGCUGCCUCUGCGGUGACAGUGACAGGCUCCGGCAGCCUCUCCAAGCUGCCUUCCUUCAUCUCCCUGCAGUCCUCGCCGAGCCCAGGAGGCCAGCCCAGGGCCCGGACUUCCAGGAGCCCCCCAACCAAGGACUCAGGGAAACCUCUGCACAUCAAACCCCGUCUGUGAGGGCCCAGGGGGCCAGCUCGCGCCUACCUCAGCCCCUCGUCCCUGGAGAGGAAGGAGGCUCCGCCCACCACCACCCCAGAGGAGGGACCGCCCGCCACCAAGCCCCCACUGGGGGCCACAGGGCCACCACCCUGCCCGCCUGGCUCUCA